AGGGACAAUGACAUGGAGAUUAGAGAUCAGUUGACCCCCUCUUCUGGGUAACUGUCCUAUUUGCUCACUGGCUAUGACUUCCUUUUUUUCUUUUUCACAUAACCACAUCUACACACACUCUCAGACACAAACACAACCUGUUGUACACUCAGUAACCUAUUCAAACUCAACCUCUCUCGUCCUUCCCUUCUCUCAAACACACUGGACGCACCAUUACAGCUCUUGAAAAAAAAGAGUCGUGUGUCGUAGUCACAUUUAAUUCCUUCAUAGGAAUUUAAUCAGGAGCUCCAGCAUUUCCCACAGGUAAUGGGUGCAGCCAACCAAUAUGCAGGAAUUGCUUUAUCACCUGUGACUAAAGGCCAACUCACAGCGCAACCAGCAUGAUAUCUUGUGACGGCUGGCAACCGUUCUAAAGCGGAAUGAUAGCAAAUAUAAAUUUUGAAAAGCUUUAAAAAAAAAAAAAAAAAGGAGAAGAAGAAGAAGAAAAGCCUCCACCUGGAUUCCUUACCACUCUUGUACUCUACACCAGCAACACACCUGAAGGGGAGUUUAUACUGGGAUGGAUUAACGAAAAAAAAAAGAAGGAUAUUGUUCAAGGACUGAAAACACCCAUCUAAGCACGGACAAAGGCUGUGUAACGCGGGCUUCUGUGUAACAGCUGAACAAGUCCCAUCAUGUCAAGGAAGAGUUUGUCGGGGUGUGCAGGUAGACACAGCCUUGUUUCCUGACAGAGACGUGUGUACAUGUGUGGGGUUCAAAUAUCCUCUAUUUGCUCAGCAAGACAGAUGACAUUAUGUUUUUAAGCCUCACCACUUCCUGAGGAUUCACUGAGGAAAUACAAAAGGAUACAAAGACUUUUUUCAGGAUAUUUAAAAAAAAAAGAGCACAUAAAAACAUUUAAGUCUAUCUCAACCAGAUCUCCCAAGAUGCCAUUUAGAGCAUCGCUGCACAGAAAGCCAUCAUCUGGUCAUUGGCCCAGUAGGAAUUCAAAGCGCCGGGAGGUGCUGUCAGUCAACAUGAUUAGCCUACCAUUGGCUGACUUCCGCCACAUCUCACAUAUUGGGAACGAUGUCCAUACAGACAGCUUUGGAGACCUGUCCUUCUUAAAGAUGGGCCACAACCUGCUACUACAAAGCUCCCAGAGCGAGCAGAACCUCUUCAUGGCCUGCGCUCCGCCACCAAAGCCCCCUCGUCUGAAUCUGCACGAGAUCGAGGGCUCAGAGAGCCCUGACUGGUCUGCUGGCCACCAGCACAACACCUCCCAGAAGAGGAAGAAAUGCAGCUCUAUGCCACUGCUGGACAGUGAAGGAGACGGAGACAUGGAACAGGAUGAUGGGUACCAAAGAGGGAACAAUGUUGCUUACAAUCAGACUCGGAGCCUUGGUCGGGGUAGUGUGAGUUCAGACAAGGAUGGAGACUCCACAGAAACCUGUGAUAAAACUGAUAGACAGCAAAAGGAUGAGGACAGUGGUUUUUCAUUUAGCCUCGACCUGGGCCCUUCAAUCCUGGAUGAUGUUCUGCAGGUGAUGGACAAACUCCGCGCUCAAACACAGUAGUCAAGAACCACAAUAAGGCUUUACUGAGUUCAUGGAAUAUGGAAAAGAGCUUUAACUCAACUUGCUUUGAGGGACACACUUCUGAUUUCACUGGACAAAUCAAUAUCCUAGAGCUAUGUUAUUGUUCAAAUAAACCGUGGAGACAUGUGUUGCUAUGAUGCCAGUGUACAAAGCAGUGACAAAUAAGCUCUGGAGAGAACCAACAGCACCUAUGUUUUAACAAAGCUAAACAUGGGAGUACACUGGAAACCCUGAUAGACAGGAUAAAGAAUUCUGCUUUCUUUCAGUAUUUCAGUAAAACAUUCAUUUGUGAAUCCGAUCUUCCCAACAAACUCAGGAUAAACAUCUCUCUCUCCUCAGGACAAUGUGGUCCUACAUUUGUUAAAAAGUAAACGCAAUCCAGUUUGAAAGGUCAAACUAAGAAAAAAAAAAAGACAACAACUAGAAGUUAAUGUUCUCCUUAGAUUUAUUCCCUUGCAGAGGUAGAUACAAUGUUCAAGUUAAUAAUUGAACCCUGUCUGAUGUCAAACUCCAAGCUGGACAUUUUCACCUUCCUGUACUUCCCUCCUUUGCUAGCGUAAUCCCCCCCAAAACCACACAGCACUGCACUGAAAACGGCUGUUAAGACUUAAGAGUGUUGUGUUUAAGAAAAGAAAAGCUGCGGCUGGAAUCCAAGGUCCUCGAGCUGUGAUGUCUUGGCUCUUGGCGUGCUUGCCAAUCUAUUGUGUGCAGAGGGCAAUUUUUCCUCCGCACGCAUCCCAGAGGCCCCACUCAAAGGUAGACCAAGGUACCCCCCAUCUCUCUCAAUGCAGUGAAAACAAACACUUAGUUCUGCUUCCAAUAAAAGCCAGCCAGUGGUGGCAGGUUGGGCUGCAGACCAAGCCAGGCUACAGGUCCAAGACCCCAGAAGAAGAAGAAGAAG